CACUGCAACGAGCAAAUAAAAUCUUCCCCGGCAAAAAGCCAGAAAGCCCCGCGCCCAAACGAGCAUUCAACAAUGACAAUGGCGGCAGCCGCCUCCAGAACCCUACUCCUUUCACUCUCCCACUCCGCCGCAGCUAAACUCACCCACUUCCCCCGCCACCGCCCAUUUCUUCGGUUGCCUAAACCCAGCAGGGUUUUGCUAGGGUUUAACUUCAAACCCAUCUGCACAGCAUCAGCCACCACCACCGAAGCAGCGCCGGCCGCCGAAAUCACCGACCCGGAACAGGCAAAGCACGCUAUUCUCUUGGAGAGGCUUAGGUCCAGACACCUCAAGGAACCCUCCAAAUCCAGUUCCCGACCUUCUUCUUCUUCCGCUGCCGCAGCUGCUGCAGAGGGCGAGAAUUGGAAUGGGUCUGAUAGGAAGAAGAAAGGGAAGACGUUUAUGGUGGGGAGUUUUGAGGAGCUGGGUUUGAGCGAAGAGGUGAUGGCUGCCCUCAAAGAGAUGGCAAUUGAAGUUCCCACCGAGAUUCAGUGCCUUGGGAUUCCUGCUGUAUUGGAAGGCCAGAGUGUGGUUUUGGGUUCCCAUACUGGUUCAGGAAAAACUCUCUCUUAUCUCUUGCCCAUUGUUCAGUUGAUAAGACAGGAUGAGGCAUUAUCAGGUAGAAUGAUGAAGCCAAAGCGUCCUCGAGCUGUUGUGCUAUGCCCCACUAGGGAGCUAUCUGAGCAGGUCUUCCAUGUUGCCAAGUCGAUUAGCCAUCACGCUCGGUUCAGGUCUAUCAUGGUUAGUGGUGGUGGAAGGUUGAGACCGCAGGAAGACUCACUAAAUAACGCUGUUGAUAUGGUUGUUGGGACUCCCGGUAGGAUUCUUCAACAUAUUGAGGAAGGCAAUAUUGUGUAUGGAGAUGUGAAGUAUGUGGUUUUGGAUGAAGCAGAUACUAUGUUUGAUCGUGGGUUUGGUCCUGAUAUUCGUAAGUUUCUUGCUCCGCUGAAAAAUCGUGCGUCAAAGGCUGACGGGCAAGGGUUUCAAACUGUUUUGGUUGCUGCAACAAUGACAAAGGGAGUUCAAAUGCUAGUCGAUGAGGAGUUCCAGGGCAUAGUGCAUUUACGCACAUCGACACUGCAUCGAAAGGUUGCAUCUGCUCGCCAUGAUUUCAUAAAACUCUCUGGCUCUGAAAAUAAGCUCGAAGCAUUGCUACAGGUUCUUGAGCCAAGUUUGGCCAAGGGGAACAGGGUGAUGGUCUUCUGUAAUACCCUGAAUUCUAGCCGUGCUGUGGACCAUUUUCUUUCUGAGAAUCAGAUGGCUACUGUUAAUUACCAUGGAGAGGUCCCGGCAGAGGAGAGGGUUCAGAAUCUGAACAAAUUCAAAAGCGACGAUGGAGAUUGCCCCACAUUGGUUUGUACGGACUUGGCUGCUAGAGGGCUAGACUUGGAUGUAGACCAUGUGAUAAUGUUUGAUUUUCCCUCGAACUCUGUUGAUUACCUUCAUAGGACUGGAAGAACUGCUCGAAUGGGCGCAAAAGGUAAUGAUUGAUUAUACAAUAUCUUACACUUCUAUAACGUCAUUCUUGCUCCACUCUAAUAUUCAGAUUGUGCCUUUCAUAUGCUCUCUCUUCAGGUAAAGUAACGAGCUUGAUCACUAAAAAGGACGUACCACUAGCCACAAAGAUCGAGGAGGCUAUAAGAAAGAACGAGAGCUUGGAGUCCCUCACUAUGGAUGGCGUUCGAAGAGACAAAGCCCGGGCUCGUAUUACUGAACAGAAAGGGAAGAAUGUAAGACUGUCGAAAUCAUCCAGCCAGAGUAGCAAGACUAAACCUCUUGGCGUUAAAUCUAACAGCUCGACCAAGGUCCAGGGUUCUACAAGAAGCUCUGGACGAAAGCCCUCUCCCGCAACACCAUCUAGGAGAGUUGUGAAGGUUGGAAAAACAUUGAAGUUCUCGAAGAUCGAGAAGCCUUCAAAGAACGAAUUCUUCAAAGGCAUUCAAGUCUUCUUCAAGUCCCAAGAAACAAACGGGAAAGAAACGAAGUCCAACUGCGAUUCAACCAGGAGGUCCAAAACUUAGUGUUGCAGCCUUGAGAGGCAGGUCGUCUUCGUCUAACAAGAGGGAAUCAUCAAGUCUCGGUUGAUGGUUUCCUCGAAUAUCAGAUUAAGUAGCUUUUAGAGUUACAAAGAUCACUGUUUUAUGUUGUUUGAACUGCUGUGAUGUUUUGAUAGAGAAUGGCAAGUUCUGUAACCACGUGAAGAAGUAUUCCCAUUUGUAUCUAUUGAAAACAGAGGCAGUUUUCUUGCUUCACUCAAGAAAUGAAUGUAUCUUGUUAUGGGAUGGGGAAGCCACAGAUGGAGUAGGAAGAGACAGGAACUUGAGCAAAUGGAAUGAUAUGGCUUUUGGGGACAAGGUGAGUGCUCGAUUGUGGUGUCUAUUGAAAGUAAAAAAAGGGUCAAUUUGCACCUUGUGGAAUCCUCCAAUGAAGAUGUGGCUUCUUGCC